CUGAGCGGGAACAGUGUUUUCCGGUGUGCUGUGUUGACACCGAUUGCGCCUCCGGUUCCACCGUGUACCGAGCUGACAGCAGCCGUGAUGACACCCUGGAAAACACACGUGCCAAUGCUGCUCUAUAAAACCACACACACUCGCUCACACCGACACAAACACAGACACAGACACACACGAAACGAGCGGAGUACUACGGAGAGGAACUUUCUACCUGAACGUCAUGGGCGUCAUCAUCUCACACAUCCUGUCCAGGUUCUUCAGCAAGACACCUGUCCGGAUCUUAAUGGUGGGUCUGGAUGCAGCAGGUAAAACCACUCUGCUGUACAAACUGAAGCUGUCCGAGGUUGUCACCACCAUCCCAACAAUCGGUUUUAAUGUGGAGACAGUGGAAUAUAAGAACAUCAGUUUUACCGUUUGGGAUGUUGGCGGUCAGACCAUCAUCAGACCUCUGUGGAGACAUUACUACACUAACACACAGGGUCUGAUAUUUGUGAUCGACAGUAACGACCCCGAGAGGAUUAAAGAGGCUGCUGACGAGCUGCACAGGAUGCUGGAGGAGGACGAGCUGAGGGGUGUGGCUGUGCUGGUUUUGGCUAACAAACAGGAUUUGCCCAGAGCCAUGUCCGUCAGUGACAUCACCGAGGCCCUGGGCCUAUCAAGAGUCUCACACCCGUGGUUUAUCCAGGCGUCCUGUGCCAUCAGUGGUACAGGUCUGGUCGAGGGUCUGGACUGGCUCUCCAACCAGAUCCUGAAGUAGUAGAAGCUCCACAGUUCUGAUUCAUUGACUUCCUGCUCAAACAUCAGGCUGUCCUCUGUGGACGGAGACAGUGAAUCCAGGAGAAACAUGAAGGGUCACUUCUGGAUUUGACAUUUAACCUGCUGUGUUUGCUGCAUACAGAGAAGACUGUCGGCACCGACUUCCUUAUGGGAAACCCUUCACAAUUUGUUUGUGCCACAUUUACAUCACUUUAUGAAAAUCAAAACAUUAGGAUGACAUAUCAGAGCAGCAGAGUGAAACCAAAGCAUCGGGAGGUAUUUUGAUGAAGACAAGGGGAAAAAAUUGAGAAAUGUCAAAACUAUACAUGUUAUUCUGUGUAACAGAAAUAUCUGUUGAUCCCUCUGUUUUUUCCUUGGAAGAUGUGUUUUAGACAAACCAGGUGGAUCAUUGUAACGGAAACUUCACUGCACUGAUUUUCUGCACUUUUUCAUCUGUUUAGGGAUUAUUUUAUCGAAUUGUUUGUGAGUUUACUUUUGAAAUAAAUAUAUAUCUUGUCUUUUA